AUGGGUUCUUUCAUUAUUUUGAUCAAGGCAGUUGCCUUAAUUGGCAUUCUGCUUACGGGCAUCUGCAGGGCAGACAUAACAUUGGAUGAAGUGGAGUUAACUCAGAAAUUUGAAAUUACAACGGAUUCUUCUUCUAUAAAAAUAAACCCAGAAGGACCUCUUAACUUUCUACGGGGACUCAUCUACCAGAAGAUAGAGUGCAUGUAUAACAAAAGAUUCUUUUCCCCGGAGAUUAAUACAGAAUACUUUGUGGAGGACAAUGAAUAUACUUUGGAUAUUUAUGAAGAUGCUUUAUAUACCCGAAAUAGACAAAAGGACAGGGCGUACACAGCACAACAAUCCACUAAUAAAAUGGAUGUGUACACUGAGAAAUACCACAAUCAUCUGAUUGAGCUGUUUCCAUCACCCAAUGGCGACAUAACAAUUGAGACACGAGGAAACCAGUCCUUUGUUCAGUUCCUUCGGGCAGAGACCACAGAGAAGCACUCUUUAAAAAUUCUGGCUAUGCUGCUUCUUUUCUCAGAAGGAGUGAAUAUUCCCAUUAAAGUCACUAACAGCGUACUAAAGGUCUAUGAAACAAAUGGAAAAGAUGAAAUAUACUUUGAAGUGCCCAUGGUUAUUCCAUGGUUAAACCCUGUGGAAGACAAAGUACAAACAUUCCAACAGAAGAAGGUUAAGCAACUGAUCAACUUCUUCCAGGAGAAUGCAGCCAAUCAGGAAGUACUUAGAAUGAUGGAGGACAAGUGCUCACAGGAAGAAGUUAUGUCUGGGAAGUUCUUGGAUAGUCUUAAGUUUCUGAUUCAGUCGUACAUAUUUGGAUUUAUUGAGAGUGCAGAGCGUGCAACAGAAUUUAUCCAGACAGUGCACAUAAUGACAGAGAAAUACGCACCUAAGACAGAGACACCAAGCAAAGAUGACUUUGUGUAUGACAGACUGUUUAAGUCAGCUGGGACUGAAGCAGGUUCUGACUGCAUUGCCUUAGUGAGGGAGGUAGAGCAUAUUAUGAAUAUGCAGAAGGCCUUUCCAUUUACUGAUAGCACGCAGAUUCCUGCAUAUAUAUCUGUUCCUAUGUACAGCCGAAAAACAAACUCAUUUUCUACUAACUAUUUGCAAGACUACAGCAACUGCGUAGAGUGCAUGAUUCUUUCUCUUUUCUGCUGUAUGGCAUAUGAUCCUGUAGAAGGAAUAUAUCGGACAGACCACAUGGGAGAUGUCUCUUCCAGUCUGGAAGAAUUCUUUGCCCCAAAGGAGAACAAGUCAUUUGACACAACAAAGGCUAAGUUCCAGAGGAAUUGGUGCACAGUUGUUUCUGAUCUAGAUGAGCCUAGCAUUGCAUACUGCAAGGGAAGGAACGAGUUAGACUGUGGUCUUAUAAACAUGCUCAUGGUUAUUGCUGAAGUAGUAAAUGCCCCUAGAGAAGAAAAAGACAAAAUACUUGGCUUUGCACAGAGCUUAAAGGAACAGAAAGGAGUACUAAAAAAUGAAUUACAUGGUAGAAUUGAAAAGUUCACAGAAGUGCUAUUUAAACGCCUAUCUAAGACAGAAGGUGUACAAGUAUUGUUUGCAAAGAUUAGAAGCAUGGAGUGUAAUGGUGGAAGAUAUGAUAUAUCUGGAGAUAUUACGAUUACAUUUGAGCACAGCUCAAUUAAGAAUACGAUAGUAUUAAGCAUAUCCAAUAGACACAGUACUGUUAAUAAGAAGGCUGCUGCUAUGGAAUUUAAGGAUAUUCGAGUAGAAAAAAUGAAUGAAAUGGAAAUUAUCUGUAGAAAUAGAAAGACAUUUAUUGAAAAUCUAUUCUCUAUAUAUGCUGGGUAUGAAGCAAGAAAGAUUAACACGCCUAAGAAUAACGAAAAGUUUUUGAAGACUCAGAUUCGCAAGACCAUAGAAAAUAACUACGCAGAGAUCAAUAGCCUGUUGCUGAUCAAGAAGAUGAAUGAUUUAACGUAUAAGAGGGACUUUGUCUCCUGUUUCAUCAUAUACAGCAUGAAAAAAAAUCUAUAUCCAGAACAUCCUGUUAUUCGUCUUGUCUCCAACAUAUUAGGGAGCUCAGAACUAGGAAACUGGAAUACUCAAUGGCUGCUGCUUCCCUCAAUUUUUUUUGCAGGCCUGAACAAUACAAAUGGUAGUAACCUCAACUUCCCGAAUAUAAAAUUGUCAGGAAGAAGAUGUAAUGCUCUGGGCAUGCGCUCAAACAACAAAUACUUCUGCAAUUACAUAAUGGAUUGUGAUUUAAAUAUUUUCAUAAGGUGGAUUAACUACCAUACGAAGCUUUUAAUCAAUUUACACGAUAUAUAUCUACACCCAUUGCUAGACUCAACAGCAAAUAGAGUUAUUUAUAAAUAUAUAUUCAGAGAUGAAAACAUGGAAUAUUCCAACAUAAUUAAUAGAGAAAUAUUACAAACCCCUUGUGAAAGAAAAUCUGAGCUAAUAGCAUAUAUGAGAUAUGUAAUCACUGUAUAUCUUUGCAUAGAGGAAAAUCCAAAUAUAGAGCUGAUUAAGAGAAACUUCUAUAUUGCCUGCGAUACUAAGUACAUCUCAGAAAAAUGGAUUGUUUUUGUUGAAUCAACCCUUCCAUUCGAGAAAGUUAUUAAUAAGCUCAAUAAUCUGAAGGACCAGAUAUGCAGAAAUGAAAAUGAUAUUAAUAAGCUUAACCGGAUGAUAAAAGACCUUAAGAGUCUGUGCUAA